CUUCGGGAAACAAAAAGAAAACAUGAGGAUCGUCUCGAGUGUCGGUUGAGUAAAUGAAACCCGCGGACGCUGGCGUUUCCUAGUUCCUUGUUUGGAGCACUGUGCACGCGUACGAAACGGGGGGAAAGCUAGAUCUGGCUUCUAGCAGACGACAUACUAGCGCUUUGCCCGAUGGCAGACGGCCGUAGUAGUGUCUGCGCACCUUCGCGGAAGCUGCAUUUUCGGUCUCUCGCACGCUAACGCCAGGUCGAGGUCACCGCGAGGGUAGAAAAAAAGAAAAUAGGUCGCGAAUUGCGCUGCACACAGGCGCACGCCGAACGUCCGCAGCGCGCGCCUACUACGGUCUUUCGGGUCGAUCGACGGGCCGUUAGGAUAUCGAGUCCGCGCGGACACCCCGCAAGUGUCGCAGGAGGGACCGCUUCGGCCAAGCGCUCUACUGAACGGCACAGCGAUGCUCACUCCCGUGCGUCGAUGUCUCUCGUUCCGCGACGGCGUCACCGUGGUCGACCCGUCGCCUCCACUCUGCGUGUGGGCGUCGCUACGGGCGGCUUGGGCCUUCGGUCGCCUGCUCCGCUGAGCGCCAUGCCAGGCCUCGUUAGCUAGCCUUCCUAACCCCUCACUCGAUGCGGCCGCACCACUAAACCGUUCGUAGAGCAAUAGCUAGAAGUAGGAGGGGGAGUCGUAAAAAUGGCAUUUCUGACGGCGGGUCUUCGCUGGUGCGUGGAGAGCCAGUGGGUCGGCUCGGUGCUCAAGCAGUGCGAGCAGCACGACUGUUGCUGCGGCUGCUGUGCGGCGCUACGGCCGCGCUACAAGCGCCUCGUGGACAACAUUUUCCCGGCUAAUCCCGAGGACGGCCUGGUACGCAACAACAUGGAGAAGCUAACCUUCUACGCGCUGUCGUCGCCCGAGAAACUGGACCGCAUCGGGGAGUACCUGGCGGUGCGGGUGUCGCGGGACAUCUCGCGCCACCGGGUCCGCUACGUGGAGAUCUCGAUGGAGGCCAUGGACCAGCUGCUGGUCGCCUGCCACGCCCAGAGCCUGAACCUGUUCGUCGAGAGCUUCCUCAAGAUGGUGCAGCGGCUCCUCGAGUGCCACAACGCCGACCUGCAGCUGCUCGCCACUCAGUCGUUUGUCAAGUUCGCCAACAUUGAGGAAGACACGCCUUCUUACCACCGGCGCUAUGACUUCUUUGUGUCCAAGUUUUCCUCCCUUUGCCAUGACAACAACCCGGAUGCUGAGCUUCGGAAGCAGCUCCGGCUGGCGGGUCUGCGCGGCCUGCAGGGCGUGGUGCGGAAGACGGUGAGCGACGACCUUCAGGUGAACAUCUGGGACGAGACGCACAUGGAGAAGAUUGUGCCCUCCCUGCUCUUCAACAUGCAGGACGCCAGCGGGCGGGCCUCGGAGACCCCCGACAGCCCCCAGGUGGAGAGCCCCCUGAGCCUGGCGGAGAACUGCUUCCGGGAGGUGAUGGGCCGCGCCACGUACGGCCACAUUGCCUCGGUCAUCAAGCCUGUGCUCAAGCACCUCGAUAACCACCGGCUCUGGGUGCCCAACACCUUUGCCAUCUACACCUUCAAGAUCAUUAUGUACUCCAUCCAGGCCCAGUACUCGUACGCAGUGAUCCAGAUGCUGAUGAACCACCUGGACGAGAAGUACCGGCUGGAGACGUCGGCGUUGACCCAGGAGGACGGGGGCGAGCGCCUGUCCCGGGGCCCCAAGGUGCGCAUGGGCAUCGUCAACGUGCUCUUCCACCUGGUGAACAUAGCGGCCGGGGAGAGCGUGGGGCCCUCGGUGCUCGAGGUCUUCCACUCCCUGCUCAACCACCUCAGGCACUCCAUCGACAUGCACAGCACCAGUGAGGAGGAGCUGGAGGACGAGCACCAGUUCCAGGAGGCGGUGAUCGGCACCCUGGGCGAAUUUGCCAACAACCUGCCAGACUACCAGAAGAUUGAGAUCAUGAUGUUCAUCCUGGGCAAGGUGCCCCAGAGCCAGGAAGCAGAGUCAUCCGACCCCCGCCAGAGGAACUCGGAGGUGCUGCUGCAGCACAUCCUGCUCAAGUCACUGCUCACCGUGGGGCAGAAGUACCGGACGGUGCAGCUGGGCCAGGCGUUCCCGGCCUCGUUCCUGCACUCGCUGCUGCGCAUGUCCCUGGCGGCGGACCCCAGCGUGCGGCUGGUGGUGCAGAGCAUCCUGCACACGCUGCUGGAUCGCCACGGCAACCUGGACCAGCUGCGCAGCAUGCCCAGCUGCGAGGGCCCCCUGGGGGACCUGCGCCUGGAGAAGUGCUCCCGUCAGGACACGGUGUUCAUGCGCAAGCACGGCCCGGACAUCCUGUACCAUGUGUACGAGAAUGCCCAGCUGGCCAACAAUGGGCCGGCCAAUUUCCAGGCCCUCUUCACCACCCUGGCCCUGCUCUGCGUCGAGCUGGGCAGCGAGGACGUGCUCAUCGACCUGCUCCGCCUCAUGUUUGCCAUCCAGGAGCUUCCCACGACCGGGGGUGCCAGCCUGAGUACUGCCCAGGUGGCUUCCCUGCACGGCCUGGUGGCGGCCUUCCUCUUCCUGGCGGCCCAGCUGACGUCCAUCCCGUCGCUCAAUGCACACGUCAACGAGGUGCUGAAGGUGCGCCGGGAGCGUGCCCCGCACCUGCUGCCCCAGCCGGGCCGGCCCGCCUCCCCGUCGGGCACGGUGCCGGAGGCGGCCCUGUUCGACCGGGCGGCCGUGGGCGAGGCCCUGCGCAGCACCGGCCACGACACCUCCAAGCUCUUCACACAGUUCUCGCACCGCUACUCAACCACAGGGGAGCCCACGGUGACAAGGAGCGUGAGCGACCUCAACUCCAACAACGUCGAGGUGGCCAGCGUCAAUUCCUCACCGGGAUUUGUCAGGAAGCACCCAGAGGAGGAGAUCACGGUGGAGUCCCUGAAGAAGCUGAUGCAGGAACCGCCACCGAGCCAAGAGGCCCAGGAGGAGCGGCGGCUGGCCGUGCUGGACCGCUUCCGCCACACCCCCUUUGCCGAGCUGCUCUCGUGCCCAUCCGGGCCACCCCAGGCCAUGGACCUGCAGAACAAACUCAAGGAGAUCCUGGGCAAGCUGCCGGGGACUCUAGCAACGUGCGGCGGUUCCCAAGGCAAGCUGGAUGCCGUCAGUCAGGACCUCGCCUCCGCCCCGGUUUACGAGGUCAACUUUCCCGAACUGUUUGUCUUCUGAGACGCUUUUUCUUGGUUGUACAAUAAAUAAGCUUAUUCCGUGUUGAA